AUGUCAGGGAUUCCCAAAAGUACCGGGAUUCUGGAAAAUGUCGAGAUUCCUUUUGGAGAAUCCCGACACUUUCGAGAACCCGAUACCUUUGAGAAUCCCGACACUUUCGAGAAUCCCGACACUUUCGAGAAUCCCGAUACUUUCGAGAAUCCCGAUACUUUUAAGAAUCCCGAUACUUUUGAGAAUCCCGAUACUUUCGAGAACCCCGAUACUUUUGAGAAUCCAGAUACUUUCGAGAAUCCAGAUACUUUCGAGAAUCUUGACACUUUCGAGAAUCCCGGCACUUUUGAGAAUCUUGACACUUUCGAGAAUCCCGGCACUUUUGAGAAUCCCGGCACUUUUGAGAAUCCCGACACUUUGGAGAAUCCCGAUACUUUCGAGAAUCCCGAUACUUUUGAGAAUCCCGAUACUUUUGAGAAUCCCGAUACUUCUGAGAAUCCUGACACUUUUGAGAAUCCCGAUACUUUUGAGAAUCCCGAUACUUUUGAGAAUCCAGAUACUUUCGAGAAUCCCGAUACUUUUGAGAAUCCAGAUACUUUUGAGAAUCCAGAUACUUUCGAGAACCCGAUACUUUCGAGAAUCCCGAUACUUACGAGAAUCCCGAUACUUACGAGAAUCCCGAUACUUACGAGAAUCCCGUCUCUCCCAGAAAUCCCGAACAUUCGUUAG